GUUCAUCUACAGUACUCUGAGUGACCUGACAAGCCACCACCACCACCAUGGGCAAGAUCAUUUUCUACGAGGACAGAAACUUCCAGGGUCGUCACUAUGAGUGCAUGAGCGACUGUGCUGACAUGUCCUCCUACCUGAGCAGGUGUCACUCCUGCAGGGUGGAGAGCGGCUGCUUCAUGGUCUAUGACCGUCCCAACUACAUGGGAAACCAGUACUUCAUGAGGAGGGGCGAGUACGCUGACUACAUGAGCAUGAUGGGCAUGAGUGGUGGAAUCAGGUCUUGCCGUAUGAUCCCUUCGUACAGGGGAUCCUACAGGAUGAGGAUCUACGAGAGGGAGAACUUUGGUGGUCAGAUGUAUGAGAUGAUGGACGACUGUGACUCCAUCAUGGACCGCUAUCGCAUGUCUGACUGCAUGUCCUGCCAUGUGAUGGAUGGCCAUUGGCUGAUGUACGAGCAGCCUCACUACAGAGGCAGGAUGAUGUACAUGAGGCCUGGAGAGUACAGGAGCUUCAGAGAGAUGGGAUAUGGAGGCACAAGAUUCAUGAGCAUGAGGAGGAUCAUGGACAUGUGCUAAUUGUACAAUUUUAACUUCAUAAAAUAAAUUAAAUGGUACACAUUUA